CCUAGCGCUUCGGGCGCUGGCAGAGUCACGGGACAAAGGGCUCGGGGUGCUCCCUCAGCCUGGAAGUGGUGGGCGUAGACGUCGGAGAGCCAGGAUUGUGGUCAUCUCUGGAACCUGGAGUGGCGACAGAACUCUAGGUCUAAGAUGGACCCCGAGAUUUCGGACCCGAGGCCGGACAGGGCAAGACGGGCCACGCAGAGGGAGAGCUGGAGCCGAAGGUCGAAAGCGGCUGCCACGGUUCCCUCUGGCGCACCUGUCAGCUCUGGGACUGCCACCGGAUACGCGCCCUGGCCUGUCGACCCUCCCGGAAGUUCGGCCUCCUGGCGUUUUGCUUCCGGUUUCGCUGGCUCCUUCCGGUCGCCAUGGCGACGGGGCGCCUAGGGGUCGGAGAGACGCUAGGGGCCCUCAACACGGCCCUGGGGCCUGGCGACCCCGUGUGGUUCAAGGAGACGCGCGCCCGCCACCUGCGUGCCCGAGACUUCCUGGCGCCACGGCCCGCAUUACAAGCGCGCUUCGGAGACGGACAGGUGCCCGAGCGUGUGGUCCUUGCAGUCGCCGGCCUGCAGGGUCCCGGCGUGGCCCCGGUGCUGCGCUGCGCGCCAACCCCCGCGGGUCUGGCGCUCCAGCUGCAGCGGCCCGCCGUCUUCGAGCGCGUGCUCGGCGCCGUAGCCUCCUAUGUCGCGCCCGCCGCGCCCGCCGCGCCGGGCCCGCGCGUCGUCCUUCACUGCCCGGCGCUGCGCAGUGCCCCGGGCGCGCUCCGCCUGAGCCAGCUGCGCGCCGUGCUCGUGGCCGAUCAUUUGGCGCGAGCUCUGCGCGCUCACGGGGAGAGUGUGCGCCUGGUGCCCGCCGUCCGAGACCCGCACAUGCCCACCUUCCUGCAGCAGCUGCACGUGGACUGGCCCGCUGCCUCGGAGAGAGCCGCCACUGAAGCCCUGAGGAAUCGCGCGCUUGCAGAGCUUAGCCCUGCCCGGGACCGGGGAGCCCUGCCCCCCGGCGUCCUAGGCACAGUGUGCCUAAAGGAGCUGGUGCAAGAACGGGGACGUGCGGCUGGCUACGACCCCAACCUGGACAAGUGUCUGGUGACUGAGGAUCUGCUCUCAGUGCUGGCCGAGCUGCAGGAGGCUUCGCGCUGCUGGCCUGGGGACAGCCCUCCGCCCCUGGCUCCGGCCCCAGAUGCUAACGCGGACAGCUGCAUAGUUGUGCACGUAGUGAGCUGUGAGGAAGAGUUCCAGCAGCAAAAGGUGGACCUGCUUUGGCGGAAGCUGGAUGACCAGGCUCCUCUCACACAGAAGCACCUGGUUUGUGGCCCAGUGAAAGUGGCUGGUGCACCAGGCACCCUCACUGCCCCUGAGUACUACAAGCUCCGGCAUGCCCAGGUAUGCAAGGCGUCAGCGGUGAAGCACGGCAGGGACCUAGCACAAGACCCAGCCUGGACAGAGGUCUUCAGCAUUCUCUCCGUGGCCACCAUCAAGUUCGAGAUGCUCAGCACAGCCCCACAGAGUCAGCUUCUGCUGGCCCUGGCCGACGGCAGCGUUUCCACAAAGGGCACCAAGAGUGGCACCUUCGUCAUGUAUAACUGUGCCCGUCUUGCCACACUGUUUGAGGGGUACAAACACAGCAUGGAACGAGGUCUGUACCCCACUUUUCCACCUGUGAGCAGUCUCGAUUUCUCACUGCUACAGGAUGAGGGUGAGUGGCUCCUACUCUUCAAUGGCAUCCUCCCCUUCCCAGACCUGCUGAGCCAGACAGCAGCCCUGGCAUGUACAGCCCCAGGGCUGCACGCGACUACUCGCACAGAGACGAUGUGCAAGUUCCUGGUGCAGCUCAGCAUGGAUUUCAGCUCCUACUAUAACCGCAUACACAUCCUAGGAGUAAGUGCACAGCAAAAGGGGGUGGAGGGGUUGCAGGGGUGCAAAGGAAGCAAAGGACGAAACCAGGAGGCCCCUUCUUUCCUCCAGGAGCCUCGACCACACCUGUUUGGUCAAAUGUUUGCCCGUCUCCAGCUUCUGCAGGCCGUGCGUGAAGUGCUUCACACUGGCCUAGCCACGCUGGGCCUCCCUCCACUGAACCAUAUCUAAGGCCACAGAGACCCCCACUA